GAGCAGCUGCCCGGCUGCGCUUUGCCGAGGGACGUGACCGAAUUGGGCUGGUACCGGCUCGGCGGCCGCGAGUCUGCAGAGCAGGCGGCCGGGCGCGCCGAGUCAUGCGCGGCACGGCUCCGGGCCUUGGCGGCAUCCUGCGCCGAGCGCCCCACAGGCACGGUCGCGCUGCUCUCGCACCACGACUUCCUCAGCCUGCUGCUGCGGGCGCUGCUGCUCACGCGGGGCGGCGGCGGCUUCCCGCACGCGAACACGGGCAUGACGUGCGUGGACGUUGGCCUCGACGGCCGCUGUGCCGUGGUCUUCCAGAACUUUUCGGGCCACCUGCGCGGGGGGCGCGCAGCCGCCGAGGGCGGCGCGCCGCCGGGCCCCGCGCAGACCCCGGGCGCCCCGCGGCUGUGA